AUGUCUAGUGACAAGAAAGUUAUCGCUGUUCUCGGAAGCACCGGAUUGCAGGGGGGCAGCGUAGUUAGUUCCCUCCUCGCGGAAGGAACCUUUGCUGUUCGAGCCCUCACCCGCAACGCAAACAGCGACGCGGCCGCGAAUCUCAAAGCGGCUGGCGCCGAAGUCGUUUCCGCCGAUCUCGAGGAUGUCGAGUCGCUUAAAAAGGCUUUCAGAGGCGCAUAUGGCGUUUUUGGUGUUACGGCCAAAUCCCGCGAUCAUGAGACUCAACACGGGAAGAAUAUCGUUGAUGCUGCCGAAGCAGAAGGAAUCAAGCACCUGAUCUGGAGCACGCUGGACGAUACUUCGAACGCCAAUCUGCACGUAUUUCACUUCGCGAGCAAAGCUGCUGUGGACAAAUACAUCCAGACGAAGAAAGUUCCUACGACACUACUGUUUACGAGUGUCUACUUCAACAACCUAACCAAGUUUGGGGUGCGUGUUUUCCACAUUCGCAUUGAUUUCGCAGAUGUUUUUGACUGUCGUUCUCGUCCAGUGGUUGAAGAAGGAAGGAGAAACCUCAAAGUUGACAUCCCGAUUCCUUCCGACGUACUCCUUCCUUCGUAUGAUGCCAGUGAGACUGGAGAAUGGGUGAAGAAUAUCCUCAAAAACCCAAAUGAGUGGAUCGGCAAGAGGGCUGAGGCUUACGGAAGUUCGUACACACCAGUGGAACUCGUAGAAGCUCUUAAAAAGAAGACGGCGAAGAGUGUUGUUCUCAACAAAGUCACCCAUGAGCAAUUCCACAGCAAGGAGUACCGUGAUGUAAUUGGCGAUGAGCUUUGGUUGAACAACAAGUACGUUAUCGAGAAAGGGUUGAUUCGAGAUGCGAAACUUUCGAAACGAGCUAACCCAAAUGCUGCCAAUCUCGAGCAAUACAUCGCGAAGGACGAGGCCCUUAAAGCGUUCCUUUAA